AUGCUUAUGGAACACGAUUGGGUCUCUGUAGGCUCCGAACCGGAGAAAGUGUCUGCUGCCAUCGACAUUCUUGGGAAAGCAUUCUCGGAUGCAGAUCCAAUUCGGAAAGCACUGACGGGAAAUGACCCCGAACUCAUUCGCAUGAUGAAUACUGGUUUGAUCGGUGCAGCACUAGAGGAAGGGCAACUCUUCGUCGCCGAAGACGCAAACAAGAAAGUUGUUGGCACUAUUUCAUGGUUUCCACCCGGGACCGAACGCUUAGGCAGUGAUGCGCAGAGAAGCAGAGGGAGCAACGCCUUUGCAACAAAAGCGAUUGAACAGCGACCCGAGGCCUACAAGUGGUACUUUUCGUCGAUGGUACCAGCUUUCAAGGAGAUGACCAAACAGGCAUUUGGUCGGCCGGAGGACCCGGAUGGCUCGAAAUUUCUGCUUCAGAAUUGGUGCUUGAACAGCUUCGCGGUCUCACCCGAGUAUCAAGGGAAGGGUAUCGGACGUCUAUUGUUGAAGUACGGAGAAGCUGCAGCUGCAUCCAACGGCCUUUGUGUCGUACUCGAUACGUAUGACACCACAGUACCAACCUACGAAGCGUUUGGCUACCGGGCUGUUACGAAGGUACACGUUGAUGGGAUGGACGGCGACUCCGGUUUCAACCAAUGCCAAGUUGUGAAGGAGUUCGCGUAA